UCGGAGCAGGGUCUUAGCCGAUCUUAUGGCUUCGGUACGGGGCCUGGUGUUUCUGCUGCUGCCCCUGAUCACAGCGGGGCUGACCCAACCCCAGGACUCCGAGCUGACCUUCCUGCUGCCGGCCGGGAGACAAGAGUGCUUCUACCAGACGGCGCUGUACAAUGGCAGCAUGGAGGUGGAGUACCAGGUGAUCGGAGGGGCCGGACUGGAUGUAGAUUUCUCGGUCACCACCCCGUCCGGGAUCCUUUUGAUUAUGGAGCGGAGGAGAUCUGACGGUGUCCACACGGUGGAGCCCACGGAGGCCGGAGAUUACAUGAUCUGCUUCGAUAACUCCUUCAGCACCAUUUCGGAGAAGCUGGUGUUCUUCGAGCUGAUCUUCGACAGCCAGCAGGGGGACGAGGAGCCGGACAGCUGGGCGGAUAUAGUGGAGCCGGAUGAGCUCCUGGAUAUAAAGAUGGAAGACAUUAAGGAGUCCAUAGAGAACAUGAAGUCCAGGCUGGAGCGCAGCAUGCAGAUGCAGACCGUCCUGAGAGCCUUCGAAGCGAGAGACCGCAAUCUACAAGACAGCAACCUGAGCCGGGUGAACUUCUGGUCGGCCGUGAACCUGGGGUUGCUGGUCGUUGUGGCCUUCACCCAGGUUUACAUGUUAAAGAGCCUCUUCGACGACAAGCGUAAGAUUCGGACGUAGUACGAGGCGGUUUUCCACCUUCGGUCCAGUCAUUUGUCGUCUUCACAGUCUUCCACCACAGCCAAGGAUUUAAAUUAAAACACUGAGAUCUGUGUCAAAUUUACACAAAAAAAAAUUAUAAAAAAAAAAAAACAUAAGAAGCACAAGGACUUCCUUAAAGUAGGUGCUGUCACGUCUUAGCAUGGGGUCUUCUCAUUUCAGCCAUGGAUUCAUCAGAUGGACCUGAUCAGUUGAGACACACAAACGAAAAGUAGGGUCAAGGUGGCCGUAGGCUGGAAGGAGUCUCCCCCAACAAAUGUGAACACAUCUGCCCAAUCUCGCCCCCCCCCCAGACCUUAUGAGCCCCGUCCUUCUUAUAGAAUAGGGAUGAAGCAUACAUUUAGCAAUAGUAAGUGCCCAGUCAUCUCAUCUGGUGGUUACAUCUCCUCACGCAGUCAGAGGGUUGUUGUCUGGGUUGGCACCCAUAGCGGUCCCCCUAUUUAUAUGGCUACUGCUAUGAGCCCCCUGCAACCUUGUCAGGAUUGUCAUUUUAUUUACGGUUUGUGGUUUUUGUAGCAGUUCUGUGUCCAGACUGUGAAUAAUGUAGCUCUUUCUUCCAUCUCCCUUAGCAGGAAAUCCCAGCAUCUUAAAGGGGUACUCUGCUGAAAAACUUUUUUUUUUUUAAAUCAACUGGUGCCAGAAAGUUAAACACAUUUGUAAAUGGCUUCUAUUUAAAAGUCUUAAGUACUGGAAGGAUUAUCAGCUGCUGUAUGCUCCACAGGAAGUUCUUUUCUUUUUAAAUCUCUUUUCUGUCUGGCCACAGUGCUCUCUGCUGACACCUCUGUCCAUGUCAGGAGCUGUCUAGAACAGGA